CCAAACUCGGUUUGCUGUGCAGGUGAACGCUGGUUCGUCGCCGCGAGCAACAACAGUGUCCGUACAAAACGUGAAAUAAUUAAGAAAAGCUAUAGAAAAUCACCACACAGAAUCAAGAACAAGAUGAUCGCUGGGUUGAUCGCUGGAAAUGGACGGAAAAAAUCAACUUUUUAAUCCAUAUUUACGUCUUCCGGGGUAACAAAUACACCUGAAAACUUUGCGACAGAUCUAUUAACCAGUACAGCAAAGAUGGCCGACGACCACGUGGCCAUCUUAACAGACGAUGAAGAGGAGUUGAAGAGGAGGCACCUUGAGCGCUUCGAUCGUGUGUCACUUGAGAUUCGGCCAGAACAGCCCGCCCCUUCUUCUGAGCCCGACGGUACGCCCCCUCAACGUGAGAUGGGCUGCUGCGAACGCUUGUUUCUCCGGGUCAACCCCCAACUUCUCGUCUCGAAAGUCUUUUAUUUUUUUUUCUACUCUGCCUACGGUUCCCUUCACCCACUUCUCGCUCUUUACUAUAGGCAGCUGGGAAUGACCCCAACCCAAAGUGGUCUCUUAGUGGGAAUUCGAUAUUUCAUCGAGUUCUGUAGCGCCCCCUUUUGGGGAGUCGUGGCAGAUCGUUUCAAGAAAGGCAAAGUAGUGUUAGUUUUCUCUGUGCUUUGUUGGCUCGUUUUUAACUGUGGGAUCGGCAUUGUGCAGCCAGCAAACAUCAAAUGUAAAGAGGAGAACCCUCUGAUGACCACAACUAUGGAACCACCUCCCCUCCCGACCACAUCCAACGAGUCAUUCUACCUCAACUCCAGUUUCAUCCCGACAACUCAGCGGAUGAGACGACGACGGGACCUGAUCGGACUGUUUUCAAAUCUGUUUGUCGUCCAUAGCUCUGAACGUAGGUUCAGACGGGAGGCCAACUUGAGUUACACCAGGGCACCCAAUGGACUGAAUGGACUGAAUAGCACGACACAGUCUGAGGCCCCCUCGACUGUACCACCCAAAGCAACUACAUUUAUGUCAACGACAGAACCUACCAGCACAAAUACGACAUUCCCAAGCACCACAAGCACAACAACUGUGCCUACGAUGCCAAAUUACGACACGGAGUAUAACGUGGACCAAGUUCAAGGGAUUUUCCUGCUGAUCCUGCUGGUCAUUAUCGUUGGCGAGUUUUUCAGUGCUCCAGCCCUUACAAUCGUAGAUACGGUGACUCUGCAAUACCUUGGUUUGCACCGUGACCGCUACGGUCUCCAGCGAAUGUGGGGAUCGCUCGGCUGGGGUGUCGCCAUGCUCUGCGUCGGCAUCUGGAUCGACCAUACCAGUACAGAGCUUUAUAUCGAGGAUGGAAACGGUUGCUACAUGCGCAAUUACAAAAACUACACUAUCGCCUUUAUUGUGUUUGGCGUACUAAUGGGGAUCGCACUGAUUGUCUCCACUCAAUUUACGUUUGACGGUCAAACUCAAGCAAAGAGUGAUAAAAAAGAGGUGGUAGACCACCAGCAACAAGAUGCCCAACCUGGAGGUUCUUCCUCCGGUAGAACAGAGAACGCAGAGACCCCAACAAAUGUCCAAGUCGAAGAGUUCCACUUCUGGGACUUGAUGAAGCUGUUGUGUGGGGUACGGUACAGUACCGUGUUGUUCGUAGCUUGGUUCAUGGGCUUCGGAUAUGGGUUUGUUUUUACCUUCCUUUACUGGCAUUUGGAGGACCUGACCGGGACGACGACGCUGUUUGGCGUCUGCUCCGUUUUGAGUCACAUAUCGGAGCUCGCCGCAUAUUUCACCAGCCACAAAUUCAUCGAGCUGGUGGGGCACAUCAGGGUUCUGUACAUUGGCCUGGCUUGUAAUACAGCGCGUUACCUCUACAUCUCAUACCUGAAGAAUGCUUGGAGCGUGCUGCCCAUGGAAAUCUUACAAGGUUUGACGCAUGCUUCUGUAUGGGCGGCGUGCAUCUCGUACUUGAGCGCAGCCGUAUCUCCGUCUCAACGGACGUCUGCUCAGGGCAUCCUGCAGGGGCUUCACCUCGGGCUGGGAAGAGGCUGUGGAGCUAUGGUCGGAGGGGUUUUCGUCAACUACUUCGGUGUUGCAGAGACGUUCAGAGGAAUUGGAAUGACUUCUCUUGUUAUAUUAAUCAUCUUUUCAUUCAUUAUGUGCAUCACUGGUCAAGAUGAGAAGAAGGAGGACAAGAUGCUAGCGGAGAACAUUCCUAUUGCAUCCAGCCCCGUUCCCAUAGCGACCAUCGACCUGGUCCAGAACACGGCAGACUUGGCAACGCCCAGUCGACCCGAGCCCAAACUUCCUGUUUGGAAACUGCGACACCAGGAGGAGCAGGAGGACCUGAACAAGCCCGCCUGGGUCCCCUCCGGGUCACCGUGGGUUACCAUCGCCUUCGCCUUUUAUCAGAUCAGAGAGAUGGUCGUCAUGGCGAGGACAUACCCACCUGUUGAGGUCCAGCCCCUUCAGGACACAGAUGAGGUCCAUUCAGACUCUCGGGAAGAGGACCAAUUACCUCCAGUCUCUGACAGGACCACCCAACAGGACGACCGUCCCAGUGGCCCCCAGUCUCAGGAGGACCCCGGGCCUCCAGGAGCCACUGAACAUUGAUGAUUCCCUAUAGGGCACAUGCAAGCCUAUAUUAGGGUAGGGACACACUAAACCAACGCCAAAUUAGCACUUGAGGUUACCUGUGAUGUCACCUCGAAUUGCCUGUGUUGGGGCCAAGAGACUCAAAACCUCCCACCUGAAGUCACACACUGUACCUUAUACCAAAGGGUGUUUUCACGACUUGGUAUUGUAUUAUACUGAACUAUUUUACCUUUAGGCCUUUUAAAGUGGAACUAUAUGGACGUAUAAAUAAGUGAAGGAGAAUAUUAUGUGGUGUAAAUGGCCUUUGUAUUCAUUUUUAACUUAUUUUUUGCACAAGCUUUAAAUAAAGCUUGAUUAUUUAAACCGA